UACAUUUCCGGUUGAUCCGCUUCGUAGCAAAGACAUGAUACCAACGUGAUUAAUAUAUUUCGUCUAUUCACUUAAGGAACUUUUAUUGUACCCGUACUUUAGAUGAAUAUGGGUCUUAAAUAGAGUAUUUAUUAAGCAAGCCUAGUGACGCCCCGCUCGCAUUUGUCAUUAACAGAUUGCAGGGCCGUAACCUUGGCGCGUAGAAAUUCAACAUGUCAGCUGUCUUUCGCAGUUUCAGCUCUGCGUCGUUUAAGACCCUGAAAGAAGCGGCAGUUUUGUCACCCAGCUGGUGGUUCGUGUCGGCGCGCAGCAAAUUCUCCAAAGCAAGGAUUCCAAAGGAGUUUUUUGCCGAGAGAUCUAAAGAGCACGAGAGGUAUGGUGGCGACCCCGACCGACCCCACAAGCUGCACAUAGUGACACGCGUGAAGAGCGUGGUGGGAAGGCCGUACUGGGAGAAGGAGAUGGUGAAAUACCUCGGCCUCCAGAAGGCCCACAAGCCUGUAAUUCACAAAAAUACACCUGCGGUCAACAGCCAGCUGAAAUUUGUCAAACACCUCGUGAGGAUACAGCCUCUAAAGACUCCCUAUGGGCUCCCGGCCGAGCAGGACAUGGCUGACAGCUACAUCAACAGCAAAGGGGAGCUGAUCGUACAUCGCCUGCUCCAACCCGCUGAUCACAAGGCUAUUGAGUCCUAGUCCUGCUCUGUUCUGUCAUUGAAAAGUUUGUUUGUUAAUAAAGAUCAUUUUGAAAAACAAAAAAA